AUGUCUACAUUUAACAUCAGACAGUUGGAGGACAGAGCUCGAGAUGUCGACCCGGAUCUUCGGUACAUGGCAUUGGAAGAUUUCCAAAAAAAUAUCAAUGAUCCAAAGGUGCAACUGCGUUAUGUGUCCACAUUCAUACCUACACUAUUUAACUUGCUUUCUGAUUCCACCACUGAGGUCCAGAAUCAGGCCGUCAAGUCAUUUGCACCAAUAGUGCGUCAUAUUGAACCGGCAGAAAUCAUCAAUGUCAUUUCCAGGUUGUAUGAGGAAGUCAAUCGGGCGUCAAACACCUCUAAAUUCACCACUUCAGUUCCCAACCUAGCAUUGAGGUCGAUUUUCAAUGAUUCCCAUUCGAGAUUCAGCAAGCAGUUAUCUCGUGACGUUUUGGACUUGCUUUUACCGCUCUUAUUUGCUAAUAAGACCAUCCUGACUAUCGACAACAUAGAAAUCUUGAUUGAUUUGAUCAAGAACUUGGGUUCCACAUUAACCCCGGCAGAAUUGUCUUCCAUGAUCACUUCGUUGGUCGAUGGAGCAUACAGAGAGUCUGGAAUUAUCAGCAAAAGAUCUAUAAUGGCCAUUGACUGUGCAUUGCAAUGGGUAGACUCAGCUACUUCCACGAAUGAAGAGGAGAUCCAAUUCUACGAUAAGGUAUUUGCUGAUAUCAGUAACGGUUACUUACUAUCACGCCGAGACCAUUCUGCCAAGAAUAUCUGCUUGACCCUGUUGCAGGUAGUUUUGGUGCAUGUCAAGAAGGCAAAGGGAAAUGUAUUGCUGGAAAGCUCCACACAGAGCAUUUUCUCCUACAUCAUGGGCAAUAUCGACUUGGCUGGCCUUAGUAAGGUCAUUGAUGUAGAGGAUUUGGAUAUUGAUGUGCUUGUGGCCACUAACCUGGUUAGAGAAGAUGCGUUGAUCACAUUAUCCAGCUUGGUUGUGUGUAUUCCAUAUGAGGUUUUUGCCAUAAAUUAUGCCGCAUCAGUGGUAGAUACCGUCAAUAAGGCUAUUGUUUACGACCCAUUUUUUGAUCAGGGCUCUGAUGGAUACUCAGAUGAUGAGGAGUCUGUGAUUGACUUCUCCGAUGAUGAGGAGGAGAUCGAGCAGUAUGAAGACGGCGGAGAAAAUGACGGAUUAGCCGCCAAAUUGCGAUUGCAGGCGCUUGUGUUGUUGAAACACUUGAUUGUUUCCUUUCCACAAUUCAUUACAACCAUCUAUGACGAGGAUUUAAUUUCGCUGGUAGUCCGGGCCAUAAACGACAAGAACGAUAUGGUUUCCAGCGAGGCAAUUGCUCUCUCUGUUUUGUUAGUGGACAGAAGUUGUGAGAAUGAUGCUGUGAGAUCAAGAUCCAAUUCCGAUGUUAGUAUGACUACUGAGGGAAACCGUGGAAAAUCUCUAUACUCUCGCUUGUGUGCCAGAUAUGCCUCUCAAUACGAGACGCAGAUUUUUGAUUACCUCCUCACCACCAAGAAUAUCGGUCGUUUUUCCAAUACAAAGGCAUUGAUUGAAAGUUUGAUCGUGGGAGCAGGCAACUCGCUCUCCGACUCAUUUCUUCUGAAUUUGUUCGAUCGUCUCGAUACGUUCAAGUUGAACUUGAAGGUAUAUCCUGAUUUAAUUCGCUUGUACAGAGUGAUCUUGAGCAACUUUGAACUUGAAUCGAUUCCAGUUUCGCUUUUGACCUAUAUUAUAGGCGAUUUGAGAAAAUCUCUAAACGACUCAAGCUCAUAUCAUGGAUUCAUUGGAGAAGUUCUUUUCGUGUGUAGAACUCUCUUCGAGCUAGUUUCUGGCAAUGUUGUAUACGAAGAGGAACUUAACAAAGACUUUUUCGCCUCAUUUGCCACGAAUGUGAAUCUGAAGCAGCUCUCUAGUGAUGUCAAGCAAAAUCUUCUCAGCACAUUGACUUCUUUUGUGGUCAACCUUCAAAUCACCCCUGGCAAUCUCGUUAACGCGAUCGAAAUCUAUCAAGAGAGCUUAAAUUAUGAGGUAACUGUCAAUUUCACAAUCGAAAACUUGGUCACAGUUUGCAACAAGAAGCCAGAGUUGUUUUCAUCACCAGAGCUUUGCGGUUUAAUUGUUGCAAAGCUUAAUGCAUAUUUAAGUUCAAGUGAUGCAAGUUUAUAUUCGAGUUCAUUGCUUUUGUUGGACACUAUUUUCGAGAAAACCAACUAUCAUGGAGACCCCGUGGACUUGAUUUCCUUGUCGGCAAACAUUUUCGAUCUUCUCAUGAUUUCUAAUGACUUGACUCUUGUCAAUAAGGGAUUGCGUAUCCUUGGGCACAUAUUAGAUCACAUUCCAGCAGACGGGGCAUACUUUGAGAAUCUUAUUGUCAAUGUCAUUAACACGAAGUUUGUUGAUGUUGACGAUGUGGAUUUGAGUGCCAUUGAAUACUUGAUUUCGCAGUUGACUAAACACCAUACUCUGUCAGCAGAUGAUUUGUUUACUAUUGGAAUGACAAAGCUCACUCUCAAGAACUUCAUUAGUUCUAAGAUUUUGGCUAUGAUCGCCUUACUGAACAAUCUCGUCGACAAGGUGGAAGGCGCUCAAUCUGAACUCAUUAAAUUCGCUCAUGAUGGCGAUCUGUCAGUGGCGAUCGACAAGAUCAUUUUUGAUAUCCACUUUUUGGGCUGUAUUUCAUUGAAAAUUACGUCCACAAAGAUUACUUUCGACGAUUUCUUCGCCAUCCUCAAUUCUGAUGCGAAUGAGCAGGUUUGCUUGGCAGCUGCUAGAGCAUUGGGUUUGUGCAUUACAAGGGACUUGGACAAAUAUUUGCCUACAUUAUUGAGCUGCUACCUGGCCUCCAACAGGGAUGAGCGGAAUAAAGGGAGUCUUGUAUUGGUGUCCAUUAAGCAAGUUUUGAAGGAAGAUUCUGCACAAGAAAAAUCUGGCUCCUUUAGUUUCAUAUGGAACAGUAUCAUUCAAGUGCUUGGCUCGAGAGAAGGAAACUUAGUUCACGCAGACGUUGCCGAAUUGAGAUUGGCAGGACUGAUCUUGAGCCAAAUAGCCGAUCUUGACAAGGUUGAGAAUUACGAAAGCAGAAUCUUGCAAAUUUUAGAUCUGAACUCAGGAGAUGUGUGCAACGAAUUCAUGGUUUACACUUCAGUGGUGAUUAUUAAGCAGCUUCUCAGUACUACAAAUGACGACUUCAACAUUGUGUUGAUUGAAAAGAUGUUGCAAUUCCUCUCCAUCCUCAAUCUCGAGCUUAAGCAGGCUAUUGUGAGCACGUUGCUCACUGGCAUCUACAACAAGAGUGUUUCGUUGUCAGGAAUAAUCAACGAUGUAAUACUUCCUAACAUCUAUGAGGAGUUAUCAGCCAAGGAAGAGUUUAAAAAGGUGAUCCCAAUGGGCCCAUACAAAUACGUGGUUGAUGAGGGACUCGAGGUGCGUAAAUUGAGUUUUGAGUUGUUGAGUGCUAUCAUCAGCGUGGAUACGGAGAAGAUGGAAAACAAUGACAGUGUGGUUGACCAGGUGCAUAUGUUCGAGGUGUUACUGGUUAAAGGUCUCAAUGACCUGGAGAACGAUAUCGUGAAUUUGACGGUGUUGAACUUGCUCCAGCUCAUCCAGAAUGAUGAGAACAUUUUGACCAAGAUUACAAACCAGCACGAAUUAAUCGCCUCGCUUACUAAGGUGAUCAAUAAGAAACUUCGAAGUAAAGCCAGUACGCAGGAGCUGGAAAGCUACGAAAACACACUCCGGUCGGUAAUCAAGUUGUCUAAGGUGAUCAACCGUGCACUAACCAAUAGCAACGGGCUCAGCAGCGAGUGGAGUAGCUACUAUCAUGAGAUUAAGAACAAACAUCACUUGCUCUUUAGCAGCAUGGAACAGUAA